AAAUCUUUUUCUCCCAUGAAGCAAUUUCUAAUGCAGUCUUACUUUGAAAGACAUGCGACCCUACAUGAUUCAGAUUCUGAAAUUUUCACAUCUCAAGAAGUCGCAUCUGGUCAGUGCGAAGUGCUUCCGGAAAAUCAUAACUCGAUGUUAAGAUUGUCAGUUCUAAGACGCGAUCUUGUUGGUGAAGGUUCUCACCGCCGUGUGUCUACAUUAAUCAAAUUAGAAACCUAAUAGUUGAAGUCUUUGUCUGAACUUUUAAGCUACUCAUGUGAAUUAAUAACUAUUGAAAGACUGCCUUCUGGAGUUUUUGCUGAUCCAUUUGAAAUUGAAUUACAACAUCUUGCGCAACGUGGUGUGUUCAAUGAUAUAGCUGUCUUUGGUGAUAUAAAUCUGGAGCUGCCUUCCUUCUUGUCCAAUCGUUCUGCCGUUGAAAUUCACUUAGAUGUUAAACCAAAUACAUUAAUACAGCCAACUGAUAUCAGCGUAGAGUUUCCUUUGCAUGCACGAUAUCAACCUCUGAAUGAAAGUGGCUAUUCAAUAGUCGAAUUGAGUUCACCGGAUACGUUCCUGCGCUGCCGCAUGAAGGAAGAAGUGGAAAAUAGCAAUUGCUUGUUCAAAUUGAAAAAUCAUGAAGCCAAUCUGUAUGAUGCUGGUCUUGUUUGGAGAAUACCAUCUGGAAAAAAGGCGCACUCUGAUCUUGUAUCUAUCGUUACAUUUCUUACAGCCUUCUUAGUAACUCUUGUAAUUAUGGUAACAUCAUUGCAUUAUAUUAAUAGCAGAGUGAGUAAAGAUUCAAAACAGUCGUAA